CCCGGGCGCGCGUGGAUGACGUCACUCGACGCGGCCGGGGUAGCCCGUGGUAACCCAGAGUCUGCGGAAGUGGAGACCGGUGGGCAGGCGACUGACACAGGGGACUGAAAGAGCCAUAAUUGUGACAUCAGGUGUUUUUUUGGUAAGCGGCCAUUUAUGAUUCUGGAAGAUUAAGGCAGCUAGGAAGCCCCUUCUGAGAUUUUAACAAAGCUCUCGAACAACAACCAACGCCAUGGACACAAAACUGGACCCUUCCCGGGAUGACCUACCUCUCAUGGCCAACACUAGCCACAUACUUGUGAAGCACUAUGUACUGGAUUUAGAUGUGGACUUUGAAAGUCAAAUCAUCGAGGGCACCAUAGUGCUUUUCUUUGAGUCUGGAAAGAAACAGAGUGGGUCCACCAAGGAACCCUGCCGAACAGAGUCAAACGAAGCCUGCAGAUUUAGGAUGCCUGAACCCUGCCAUAGCCCUGUGACAGAUACGAGGACCUUCUCCUCUAAAACAAGAUCUAAUGAUUUUACAAUCUGUGGUAAAGGUGAAAAAGAUACUUCUGGUAAAGAUGGUAACCAUGACAACCGGGAACAGGCUUCUGGGAUUUCUAGCUCAAAGUACUGCUGUGACACAGGGAAUCAUGGGAGUGAGGAUUUUUUGCUAGUGUUGGACUGCUGUGAUUUAUCUGUGUUAAAGGUUGAGGAGGUGGAUGUUGCUGCUGUGCCAGGUAUUGAAAAAUUGACAAGGUCUCCCAAGCUCACAGUUGUUUCUGAGGAGCUCAGGAAUCAGAUUGUGUGUGAACUUGUGACUCUGCCUGCAGAUCGUUGGAGGGAGCAGUUAGACUAUUAUGCUCGUUGCAGCCAGGCUCCUGGCUGUGGGGAACUCCUGUUUGACACUGACACUUGGAGCUUGCAGAUCAGGAAGACAGGGGCUCAGACAGCUACUGACUUUCCUCACGCCAUAAGGAUACGGUACAGCACCAAACCCCAGGGGCGAUCAGUUACCUGGACCUCAGACCAGAGUGGCAGGCCAUGUGUUUAUACUAUGGGAUCUCCCAUAAACAACAGGGCCCUUUUUCCCUGCCAGGAGCCACCCGUUGCCAUGUCAACAUGGCAAGCUACAGUUCGAGCAGCUGCAUCUUUUGUUGUUUUAAUGAGUGGGGAAAAUUCUGCCAAGCCAACACAGCUUCGGGAAGGGUGCUCAAGCUGGCAUUACUAUGUAACCAUGCCGAUGCCGGCCUCCACCUUCACAAUCGCAGUGGGAUCCUGGACAGAAAUGAAGCCAGAGACCUGCUCAUCCAAUGAUCUGGCAGCAGAGAGAUCUCUGUCACCUUCCGAGGCCGACUUCAGGUAUGUUGGCAUUUGUGGUCACAUGGAAUACCCCUGCCGCUUCCAGAAUCCUUCUGCCACCACCCAGGAAAUUAUUCCUCAUCGGGUCUUUGCCCCACUGUGCCUCAAGGGUGCCUGUCAAGAGACCCUUCUGCAACUGGUCCCUCCUUGCCUCUCAGCAGCGCACCGUGUCCUGGGAACACACCCGUUCUCCAGGCUGGACAUACUCAUCGUCCCUGGCAAUUUUCCGAGUCUGGGGAUGGCCAGCCCACACAUCAUCUUCCUCUCUCAGAGCGUCUUGACGGGAAACAGCCAUCUCUGUGGGACCCGUCUCUGCCAUGAAAUCGCUCACGCCUGGUUUGGGCUAGCCAUCGGGGCCCGGGACUGGACGGAGGAGUGGCUGAGCGAAGGGUUCGCCACUCACUUGGAAGAUGUGUUCUGGGCCAAAGCACAGCAGCUGGACCCCCACGAGGCCCAGGAGCAGCAGGAGCUGAAGGCUUGUCUACGCUGGUGUCGUCUCCAGGAUGAGGUGCGGAACUCCCCGGAGGAGAUGCAGGUGUUGAGGUAGAAGAACCUCAGGCAACCAGAGAGCCACAUCUGACAGAGUCAUGGAGAGCAGGACAAGAGCUAAUGUGCACACAGAUAAUAAAAAGGCCCCACAGAAUGUGAGUGGGGCAUGGGCACUGCUGACUAUACCUCCUCUCUGUGCUGGAGGCUCACACAUCCCCAGGCCAGCCCCAUUCUCUCUUAAAGAUCACAUGUGACUGCUUAGCUGCCCACUUGACAUCCUCUUUUCCUGCUGGCCCUACAGCCGUCUCACACUGGUAACCCUGUCCCAUGGGCCCCAUCUGCUCACCUCCUAUGGUGGUGAGCCCAUCAGUGGUGGCUCAGGUUCUCACGUUCAUCCCAGGUUGAAAAUGGGGGUCUUCCAAUUCUCCCUCCUCUCUCCUCCUUGCCCUGGGAGGGUUUAAGUCAUCACUAUGAACUUCUCUCACAAGUGUUCUCAGUUGGGCCCUUCUCCACUCCUAAUACUGCUGUCUCCCUGGUUAGAACUUAACUCACUGGCACCAAUCCAACAGCUCCCGAAUUGUCUCUAGUCAUCAAGUCCACCUUCCUCACUGCCACCGUGGAGCUUUCCCUGAAACACCUUCUAAUUCCGCCACCUCCUUACUUAAAACUCUCCAAAAGCUUCCCUUCACCUCCUGGAAAAACUUCCAAGUUCCUUAAUACAGCAGGCACAGCCCUGCACGCCACCACUCCUACCUGUUUUUUACAGUCCCUUCUCUUGCCAUUUUUUGCUUCACCCCAGCCCCCUCACUGAGGUCAUAUAGAACCCUACAGUAUUAGUUUGCCAGAGCUGCCAUAACAAAAUAUCACAGACUGGUAUGUGGAAAUUUAUUUCUUAUGCUUCUGGAGGCUAGAAGUCCAAGAUCAAAGUGUUAGCAGGUGUGGCUUCUUCUGCAACCUCUCCUCUCUGAGCCCACACAUGGUCUUUCCUUUGUGUGCCUGCAUUCCUGGUGUCUCUCUGUGUGUCCUAAUCUCCUCUCCUUGUAAAGGGUACCAACCAAAUGCCUCAUUUUAACUUAACUAGCCCUUUAAAGGCCCUGUGUCUAAAUCUAGUUGCAUUCUGAAGUAGGGCGGGUUAGGGCUUCAACAUAAAAAUUUUGGAGAAAUGUAAUGCAGCCCAUAACAUCUACUGUCUGCCUGUUCUUUCUUAACCUCCUUGCCUUGUUUUCAUGUGGUCUCUAUUAGAAUGUCCUCCCCUUAUUGCAUGACCCCAAAUCAUCAUGAUUCAACACAGGUAUCACCACAUUCCAAAAGUCUCAGGCUCUCUCCUGACAAUAUAAGCAUGUGACCCUCAUCUGUACCCCCUAAAUGCUCUGGUUGUAUCUCCAUCCCUCAUCUUACUACAUUAUUUGAUAAUUAAAUUCAGAAUGAGCCAUGUUAUAUUGCCAAUUAUCGACCCUUUUUAACCUACAAACACAUUAGUUUCAUAUGGUCCAACCUAAUGCAACUUUCUUCUGAGUCAUGAGCCUUGUGAAUCCAGGGACUUCUUCACCUCUGUAUACCACAGGGUUUGGCACUAAAUGGAUACUCAAUAAAUGUUGAAGAAAUGAAUGUCCUAGACAACAAUGA